AUGUCUGACUUCAGCGGAAUGUCCAAGGACGAUCUGGAGAUUGUGUAUCAGGUGAAAGGUUGUGGAUAUCCCUUUCAACGUGUUCAGAAGCAUCAUGAGGGCAGCACUCUUAACCCACACACAGGUAAGGCAGGUGAGAGGCCACUGAUAUGCUCUGACUGUGGGAAAUGUUUUACAUACAAAUCACAUCUUGUUAUACAUCAGAGAAGGCACACAGGUGAGAGGCCAUUUUCUUGCUCUGAGUGCGGGAAAUGUUUUACAUACAAAUCACAACUUGUUAAACAUCAGCGAAGUCACACAGGUGAGAAUCUAUUUCCAUGUUCUGAGUGUGGGAAAUGUUUUACAUACGAAUCACGUCUUGUAAUACAUAAGAGAAUACAUACAGGUGAGAAACCAUAUUCCUGUUCUGAGUGUGGGAAAUGUUUUACAUACAAAACAACUCUUGAUGCUCAUAAGAGAAGUCACACAGGUACAUCACCUUUUCCAUGUUCUGAGUGUGGGAAAUAUUUUGCUCAGAAAUCACAACUUGCUAGACAUCAGAGAAGUCACACAGGUGAGAGGCCAUUUCCAUGUGCAGACUGUGGAAAAUGUUUUUCACGGAAAUCACACCUUGUUACACAUCGGCAAAGUCACACAGGUGAGAAGCCAUUUCCAUGUCCUGAGUGUGGGAAAUGGUUUGCACAGAAAUCAGGUCUUGUUAGACAUCAGAUAAGUCACACAGGUGAGAAGCCAUUUCCAUGUCCUGAGUGUAGGAAAUGGUUUGCACGGAAAUAA